AUGGGGAACAUCGUCGUCGCGCCGCCCAACGAGUGCCACGUCAUCGCGGGCUGCGGCGGCACGCGGUUCCUCAUCGGCCAGGCGGGCUUCGCCUGGUGGUGCUGCAACAGCGUGCGCAUCCUGUCGCUCCAGCUCAUGCAGCUCGACGUGUCGAGCACGAACGUCGAGACGGGCGAGGGCGUCAAGCUCAACGUGCGCUCCGUCUGCCAGGUCAAGGUCGAGGCGUCGAAGAUGAUCAACGACAAGAUGCAGAUGAACAUCGACAAGAUAAAGCUCGCCGCGCAGCACUUUUUAGGCGAGAAGCUCCGCGCCGUCAAGGACAGCCUCACGUCGACCAUGGAGGGCCACCAGCGCCAGGUGCUCGGCACGCUCACCGUCGAGAAGAUCUACAAGGACCGCGAGGCCUUCGCGGCGACCGUCAAGGAGGGCGUCCUCGAGGACAUGGCGAACAUGGGCUUCGAGAUCGUCUCCUACGUCGUCACGGACGUGUCCGACGAGAACGGCUACAUGGACGCCCUCGGCAUGACGCAGACGGCCAAGGUCAAGCGCGAGGCCGCCGAGGGCGUCAACGCGCGCCGCACGGAGGCCGCCAUCGCCAUCAACGCGAAGACGCAGGAGGAGGCCGACUCGAAGAACGAGCUCGACCUCAAGGUCGCGGCGAACAAGCGCACGCUCGAGCUCAAGCAGGCCGAGAUCAACGCCGAGGUCGGCCGCGCCGAGGAGCAGGCCCGCGCGGCGUCCAUGAUCGAGCGCGCGACCCAGGAGCAGAACGUCACGCGCGAGCGCACGCAGCAGCAGGUCGAGGAGGCGCAGGUCCUGCUCCAGGUCGCGGAGCAGCAGGCCCUCCAGGCCCAGGCCGAGUCCAAGGGCACGUCGCUCGCGGAGCUCGUCGUCCAGAAGAACCAGGCCGAGGGCAUCCUCGUCGCCGCCAAGGCCGACGCCGAGGCGAAGCUCCUCUCCGCGGAGGCCCGCGCCAAGGAGAUCGCCGCCAUCGGCGAGGCCGAGGCCAAGACCAUCGAGGCCAAGGGCCGCGCGGAGGCCCUCGUGCUCAAGGAGAAGAACCAGACCUACCAGUACAUGGGCGAGGCGGGCAUCACGUCCAUCGUCAUCGAGAAGCUCCCGGCCAUCGCCGAGGCCAUCGCCGCGCCCCUCGCCAAGACCGACAAGAUGGUCUUCAUCUCCCAGGACGACGCCACGGGCUCGAAAGUCACCAAGGACAUCAUCAAGACCAUCGCCACGCUCCCCGACGCCGUCGAGGGCCUCACGGGCCUCGACCUCAAGAGCGCCAUCGCCAAGGCCACGAAGCUCUAG